GAGAGCCAGCCACUCUUCCUCUCCUGGGCCAGCCUCUGAGCAGCCGCUAGGCAGGGGCUGAUAAACUCUGCUGCGAGCCCUCUGACACACCAGCUGGCCCGACUGAGCCACCAGCAUCACCAUGAAGGACGAGGUGGCUCUUCUGGCCACGGUGACCCUCCUGGGAGUUCUACUGCAAGCCUACUUCUCGCUGCAGGUGAUCUCGGCGCGCAGGGCCUUCCGCGUGUCGCCGCCGCUCACCACCGGCCCCCCCGAGUUCGAGCGCGUCUACCGAGCCCAGGUGAACUGCAGCGAGUACUUCCCCCUGUUCCUCGCCACCCUCUGGGUAGCCGGCAUCUUCUUCCACGAAGGUGCGGCGGCCCUGUGCGGCCUCGUCUACCUGUUCGCGCGCCUCCGCUACUUUCAGGGCUACGCGCGCUCCGCCCAGCAAAGGCUGGCCCCGCUGUACGCGAGCGCGCGCGCCCUGUGGCUGCUGGUGGCGCUGGCGGCGCUCGGCCUGGUCGCCCACUUCCUCCCCGCCUCCCUGCGCGCCGCACUCGUGGGGCGGCUCCGGACGCUGCUGCCCUGGGCCUGAGACCGAGGACGCGGGACCUGCGGAGCUGGACCGGAGCCGGGCCGCCUGGAGGGCGGGGGGAGGGGACCCCUCACCCCACCCCAGUCUCUAAUUAAAGUGCUCGCGACCAGA